UGGUCUUCCACUACUAUUCCUUAUUUGAAGACUGCUAAAAACCAAAAGAGUAGCUGCAUGAGAUGGUCACUAGAGUACCCACCACUCCACCUUCCUCUUCCCUAACUUAAACAACUUUUGGCUCAAUAUUCCUUCAUCAAAUUUCUUCAUCUCUUCCCAACAAUAUUAUUCUCUUGUAGCUUUUUCUUUUCGCGUCAAAAUCUUGAUCAGACAAGGACGAUUUCAACUCUGUGUAUCCCUUGAUUCUAAAAUUGUUAGGUGAAAUGGAACAAGCAAGAUGUUGGAUGAGUGCAAAGAGAAAACAUGACAUAACAUUAUCAAAUCAUCCUUCUUUGUAUGGCGAUUCGUGGGAAGAGCAAGCUUUUGCUGAAGAUGCAGCUGGAGCUCUUGGAGGUUGUAUAUGGCCACCAAGAUUUUAUACUUGUAGCUUUUGUAGAAGAGAAUUCAGGUCAGCUCAAGCUCUAGGUGGUCAUAUGAAUGUUCAUAGAAGGGAUAGAGCAAGAAUGAAACAAUCUCCUCCAUCUAAUAUUCCAAGUGGUGAUCAUCAAAAUCAAGUAUUUAUUCCUCCUCAUCACAAUAAUAGCCAUGUUCAAUACCCUUCUCAUCAAAUUUGUACCUUUAUGUACAACCCUAAUUCUGACUCUGACCAUGGAGUUCUAAGGUCACCUAAUUCUGAUCCCUUGCCAAUUAGGGUUUCUUCUCAAAAGACCUUAGCAACUCAUUCUUCCUUUUCAUCAAUUGUCCAAGAACAAAACAAGAACAAGUUGUCAUCUCCUCCUUCAUGGUCAAACUUGGUGGCUGACAAAUACUCUUGUCUCUCAAAUGUGAAAAAUCAUGAGGAGAAAAAGUUGAAAUCUAUAGAUUUCAAGAAAGAAGAGAGGAAUCUAGAAGUCAUAGACCCUAUCUCUAGGGCUAAACUAGACCAUGUUGCAAUUACUAAUUGCAAAAGAAGAAGAGUUGAUGAGGAAAAUAAUACCCCAUUUGCAAAUCUCUUCCCUAAAACAAGUUCAAUGGAAAGGUGUCGUCCUCAAUCAGAAGCACUUGAAAGGAUCCCUAAUGCCAUAGAGGAAUUGGAUCUUGAGCUGAGGCUUUGAAAAUUCUAAGGUGAAGUGAAUUUGCGAAAAUUGGUUUGCCUACAAAAAUACAACUCCUAUGAUAAUCACAACAACUUGUCAAUCUCUUGUUCAUUUCUUUCUGUAUGUUUCACUCUCCUCCUUUCUUUCUUUCACUUUUUUCUGAUUUUAAGCUAAACUUGCAGAGUGUAAGAAUGACUUAAGGAUAUUAUGAAAGGCUUCAAAUAUUUCUCUAAACAUGAGAAAGGUCUUUUGUCAAACACUAUAUGUGUGUAACUUAUAUAAAUUUUGAGUUUAUGGAUCAUA